UGUCCUCAAUUGGCCAUGGACGGUUUCGCUUCUACGCUUCUAUAUAUACACGCAUAUUGCCCCCUUUUCAAUUUUCAUUCCCAACAUUACUACUAUUUUUCUCUCUGUCAGUUUCUCUCAUUGUAUUAGGGUUCUUCUAGUCUCUCUCCAUCUCUCUCGUUGUCUCUGCUUCAAUGGCUUUGCAUAAGAUUGAGAACUCUUUCGCACCUACCGUAUCAUUCUCUGCUGUGAAGCCGCUUUUAAAUGUGGAGGCUCCCAAGGCGAACAACGCCAUUGCGUUCUACAAAGCCGCGUUCGACGCAAAAGAGGUGGGCCGCAUGCUGUGCCCUAAGCGCAAGGCGAAUCAAGAGAUUCCUCUCAUUGUCUUGGCAGAAUUGAUGAUCGGUGGUUUCUCUAUUCUGGUCACUGACUUCGCUCAUGACUCUGACAACGCCCCGAAGACUGGAGGGCUUGGUGUGUUCCUACAGACUGAGGAUGUAAGUGCUGCAAUUGCCAAGGCUGUGAACGCUGGAGCAGUAGAGGACGAAGAGUUUGUCGCAGGUGAGGGGGCGAUAUUUCGUGGUGGGCAUAUGAGAAGGGUCAAGGACCCAUACGGCUUUGUUUGGACAAUCUACUCCGUUUGA